AUGAGCAUUCUCUAUUCUGCUGACCUGAGGCACAGCACAAAGCUGCAGUGUAACAAGAAGACCUACAUGGAGUUCAGCCUGAAUGGGAACCUACAGCAGCACAAGCGGACACACACUGGUGAGAAGCCAUACAAGUGCGAUGUCUGCCAGGCAGAGUUCUGCCAGAGCGGGACCCUACAGCAGCACAAGCGGACACACACGGGUGAGAAGCCAUACAAGGGCAAUAUCUGCCAUGCAGAGUUCAGCCUGAAUGGGAACCUACAGCAGCACAAGCGGACACACACUGGUGAGAAGCCAUACAAGUGCGAUGUCUGCCAGGCAGAGUUCUGCCAGAGCGGGACCCUACAGCAGCACAAGCGGACACACACGGGUGAGAAGCCAUACAAGGGCAAUAUCUGCCAUGCAGAGUUCAGCCUGAAUGGGAACCUACAGCAGCACAAGCGGACACACACUGGUGAGAAGCCAUACAAGUGCGAUGUCUGCCAGGCAGAGUUCUGCCAGAGCGGGACCCUACAGCAGCACAAGCGGACACACACGGGUGAGAAGCCAUACAAGGGCAAUAUCUGCCGUGCAGAGUUCAGCCUGAAUGGGAACCUACAGCAGCACAAGCGGACACACACUGGUGAGAAGCCAUACAAGUGCGAUGUCUGCCAGGCAGAGUUCUGCCAGAGCGGGACCCUACAGCAGCACAAGCGGACACACACGGGUGAGAAGCCAUACAAGGGCAAUGUCUGCCCCGCGAAGUUCAGUCAGAGCGAACAGUUUGGCAUCACAAGCGGACACACACGGGCGAGACGCCAUACAAGUGCGAUAUCUGCCAGGCAGAGUUCAGACAGCGCAGAACCUUGUCACGUCACAAGCGGACACACACGGGUGAGCAUCCAUAAAAUUGCAACGUCUGUCCUGCAGUGUUCAUCCAAGACCCAAACUUGCAAUGUGAUACAAGUGCGGUCUCUGUCCCUCAGCAUAUUACAAGCAGGCACCCUGAGAGUUCAUGUACAGCACGAACACACAGAGUUAGAGAAGAAGAAGCUGCUAGAGCUAGUUCAGCCAGAGCACGAAGCCUGUGGUUUAGCAUGCAGCAAAGACACACUCGUGAUGGCAACCAUGCAAUACUGCAAGCGGUACGGCGGCCACCGAGCCGUUCUCGCCUCAAGUCCCACUUCCCUAGGCCACAGGGAACUUUCCCUGGCGACGCUGCUGGGACCUGUCCGGCACUCCAGCCAGUGGGCAGUGACCCGAGCCCUCCUGCGCUACCUGAAGGACACUGGGCUGCUCAACAACCUUUGA